AUGAGCCCCGCGGAAGGCACGGCGAAGCCAGGACGUUUCUUUGGUGUCUACCUGCUCUACUGCCUAAACCCUCGGCACCAAGGCCGCGUCUACGUGGGGUUCACUGUAAACCCUGGGCGUCGGGUUCAGCAGCACAAUGGGGGCCGCAAAAAAGGCGGGGCCUGGAGGACUAGCGGCCGGGGGCCCUGGGAGAUGGUGCUCAUCGUGCACGGCUUUGCAUCCGCAGUGGCCGCUCUUCGGUUCGAGUGGGCCUGGCAGCAUCCGCACGCCUCACGCCGCCUGCUGCAUGUGGAGCGGCGCGCACGCAGCGAGGCAGCCUUCGCCUUCCACCUGCGCGUGCUGGCGCACAUGCUGCGCGCGCCGCCCUGGGCGCGCCUCCCACUCACGCUACGCUGGCUGCGCCCGGAUUUCCAGCGGGACCUCUCCCCAUCGCCACCACCACACGUGCCGCUGGCCUUCGGGCCGCCACCACCACCCUGCCGGAGGCGUGGAGCCCUGCCCAGUGGAGAUGCCGAGACGGCCUCAGGUGCCAGGGCCCUGUGUGCCCUCUGCGCCUGCGCGCUCCAGGAUGAAGAAGGCUCCCUGUGUUGCCCCCAUCCUGGCUGCCCUCUAAGGGCCCACAUGAUUUGCCUGGCAGAAGAGUUCCUUGGAAAGGAACCAGGGCAACUUCUGCCCCUGGAAGGCCAAUGUCCUGGCUGUAAGAGCUCACUACUGUGGGGAGACCUGAUCUGGCUGUGUGGGACAGGAACCGAGGAGGGGGAAGAGGAAGACUCAGAAGAGGAACAUUGGACGGACAUGCUGGCGAACUGA